AUGGACCCCCUGAGCAUUACUGCUAGUGUUAUCGCCGUUGCGACACUUGCAGCGCAAACUGCCCAAGCCGCCUAUAGAACCAUCGAUGGUUUAAUCGAUGCGCCACAGGCCAUCGCCCACUCAAAGACUCUCCUGUCUGGCACGCAAAACUCCUUGGAAAUCUUGACAGAAACCUUGGAGAAAAACGAACACAUGCAAGCUCAAUUCGGCGGUAUACUGCAAUCAAUCGCACUUGAAAAGACACUGCAAGCGACCAAUGAGCUUUGCAAAGGUUUCAGCGCCAUCAUUACAAAGUACACAAGUCGAUCGACAGACUCAAAAUUCAGCAACCGUGAUAGGCUUUCCAUCACCUUUCACGAGUCACGAAUACUCACGUUCAACGGGGAAUUGAGUGACUGCCAAAGGACGAUUCAUCUCAUGACAGGGACUAUUACAUUAAUCGUUUCCAAUGACACUUCCAAGGAUGUCCGACAGUUGAGCUCGCGGUUUCAAGCGCAGGAGCAGGCCCUGUCUUCUCUGUCAACAGAAUUGUCGACCAGAUCUGCGACUACAGACGUGCUACCACGAACCACCGAAGACAACAUGAGAGAAGGCGAUACAGAAAACAAUCAAGGAAGCCUUGAACGGACCACAGCACUUCAAGAGUCCAACCAAGCUGCCCUAAAGGCACUCCAGCAGAAGAGAAUUGGUCAAACUUUUGGUGACUUGCACACAGACCAGUCCAUGGCAAUGCAGGGAAUCGUCGGCGAGGCACAACAAGGCGUGGAUCAAUCGUUUGGAAAGCUGAAUGCCAUCAACAACAGCAGAGCCUUUCAAGGACAGAUGGACGCAGGAUCAUUCGCUCAGAUGUUCAAGUAA